AUGGCGAAUCCUAUUGAAUUGGAAGACGAAGAUCAACAUUUGAAUUUGGUUGUGGUUGUCAAGGAUACCGUUUCCAUGGUUUUGGAAAUCAGCUACCUGCAAGUCGUCUCUUUAUCGAUAGAUCUUCAGAGCAAUGUUUUAUCGGUGCCAUUGCGGAUCUCACAUCUCAAGUACUUGUAUGGAUACCUUGGAUGUUCUCUUGGCUUCUCGCGUAUGCUUUUCAUCAAGACCGGAUUUAUUUGUUGCAGUGCAUGA